AUGGAGGACCCCACACAAGAUCACAUGCGGUCCAGGUCUCGUUCUCCAGUGCAUCGAUCGUCAUCUAGGUCGAGAUCACCUUCACCUAAAAGAAACAAAAAUGGUCGUCAAAGGCCUUUUACGGGAGGCCGUCGUAUUAUUGUUAGGAACAUACCAUAUGAUGUGAAAUGGCAGGAGUUGAAAGACAUGUUCAGGAAAGGAGUUGGUGAUGUCACAUAUGUGGAGAUGUUAGAAACGCCUGAAGGAAAAUCGAGAGGAGUAGCUGUAGUGGAAUUCAGAGAUCCCCAGCAUGCUGAAAAGGCAAUUGAGGAGUUUCAUCAGAAGAAAAUCAAAGAUAGGGCCAUUAUUGUCAGAGAGGAGAGAGAAAAGGACCGUCAAGAAUUUGCACAAAACAAGAAUGUGAAUGAGAGAGGAAGAAUGGGAAUGGGUGGUGGCCCUUCUAUGGGAGGUGGAGGUGGGCUUGGUUUAGGGCCUGUUGGACAUCCUGUGGGUGUCAAUCCUCAGAUCCUGCAGCAGCUGGGCAUUGAAGGACCCAUCACUAGCACAGUGUUUGUGGCAAAUCUGGAUUACAGUGUUACUUGGUGGAAACUAAAGGAUGUUUUCAAGCUCGCUGGCAAUGUCAUCAAGGCCGAAAUAAAAGAGGACAAAAAUGGAAAGUCCAGGGGAAUGGGUGUUGUUACUUUUGAGCACCCAAUGGAAGCAGUUCAAGCAGUGUCUAUGUUUAAUGGACAACUGCUGUACGAGAGAAACAUGAUUGUGCGUGUUGACAAAGGUGGGGAACAGGACAAGCCGAGACUACCAAGUGGUCUGAAGUCAAUUGGUAUGGGUCUUGGUUCAGGAGGUGCUCCACUGACAAACAUUGGUCAACUUGGAGGUGGACUUGGAUUAGGAGGCAGUGGUCUCUUGGGGAUGGGUGGCCUUGGUGGUGGUGGUUAUGGAGGAUCAGGGCUUGGUCUCCUAGGGGCAGGAGUUGGUGGAGGAGCUGAUAUGGGGCUAGGUAUGGGCGGCCUUGGAGGUGGAUUAGGCAGCGGGCUGGGAGGGUUGGGACUAGGUGGUUCGGGUGGUCAUGGUGGGGGUUCAGGUGGUAUGGGCUAUGGUGGUGGAAUGGGCGGGUCAGAUCUUGGCCUAGGUGGGUUGGGUGGAUCAAAAAUGGGCGGGCUGUCUGACAACUAUCCUGGGCUUGGAGGUUCAAAUUAUAAUGGAAGUGGCAGUCUGUCAGGUCUUGGUGGCCUAGGACCGAGUCUCAGUUCAUUGUCAUCAGGAAUGGGUGUGGGUGGUGACAGGCUAGGUAUGAAUGAUAUGGGUAUGAGCAGGGAUAGAAUGGGCAUGGAUAGGUUAGGUGGGCUAGGUGACAGGUUGGGUGGGCUCGGGGAUAGAAUGGGUGGGCUGAGUGAUAGAAUGGGGGGUCUUGGUGAUAGAAUGGGCGGGCUGGGUGAUAGAAUGCCAGACAAGAUGAGAGAUCAUUACGGCAACAUGGGCGGCAGAGAUGAUGGGAACAGGAGAACAACUCGUGCUGACAACUGCACACUUGUAGUGAAAAAUCUUCCAUAUAGUGUCAACUGGCAAACUCUGAAGGAGCAUUUCCGGGAUUCAGGUGAUGUGAAGUUUGCAGAAAUUGUCAUGGAAAACGGAAAAUCUACUGGUGUGGGAUAUGUGAGAUUCAGCAAUGAAAAUGAUGCUGUGAGAGCAGUCGCAUUGAAACACAAAUCAAGAGUCGAGGGCCGAAACAUCAGUGUCUCGAUGCAUCGAAACUAA